AUGAAGAUGCGUCCGGAAACAACGUGCAGAAAGAAUCAUUCGAGUGAGAAUAUCGAAAUGAUGGGAAAAUACCGGCUGUGGAUGCUGAAAGCUGAUGUUGGUGAAGCUGUUGCCGGUUCCCCAUGUUCCGAUGAACUCAUUCAUCAGGAGAAUCUUUUCCAGAUGCUAAAGAAAAAAUCACUGAAUCCGAAAUGGAUCACAAGCAAAGAUUGUUUAGAACGAAAAUUCGAAUGUGACGAUUUCUACGUGCUGCCUAUUUUCAGGGGCAAAGUGUUUAGCCGUUUGAUUUCUUUGAAAUGCAGGGUAUACGGAACAUUAGCACUCAUAACAUGUCUGAAAAAAAAAGAGCGUCUUCCAAAACGGCACUCUCCUGUUUGGUCUACAACUUUGCAGGAUUCCAUUGUGUGCUUUAGUGGAAUCGAGAUGAAAAUACGGAAACAUCAAAUUUCGCUUGUGAAGAUGAUGGGUGGAACGAUUUCUAAAGCUUUCACAAAAAAAGUCACCCAUCUAGUUGCUGAUUCUCAGGAUACAAAAUCUAAAAAAUUUGUUACUGCUGUAGAUUAUGCAGUUCCAGUGCUGUCGGUCAGCUGGAUAUUUACUGCAUGGAAAAGUGCGAAAGCAUUUAAUGAAAGGAAAUACACUGAUGAACAAUUUAUCGGAGAACACAAACUCCAAAUUUUCGCUAAAUGUGUCAUAAGCUGCUCAGGUUUGGCUCCUCAAGAUCGUUCAACUCUUUCACAUCUUAUUGGAAAAAAUGGUGGUGUCUAUACAGGAAAUAUGAAAAGAAAUCAUUGCACUCAUUUAGUGACUGACUUAAAUUCGGGUGAGAAAUAUAAGAUUGCUCGAAAAUGGGGUUGGAAUCAGAUCAAGAUUGUUCGUUUGCGAUGGAUUACAAAAAGUUUGGAGAAGGGAUAUCGUCUUCCUGAAAGGCUCUAUGAAACCAGGAUCAAUUCCGCAAUUGAAUGUAGUACUCCACGAACUUCACAAUUUACGCAGUUUCAACCAUUUACAAAUCUAGAAAUUAGUGUCAUUCGUUGCUCAGCUGAUCAGAAGGAAACAAUGGAUUUAUCGAAAGAUAAUGGACUACCGUCAAACGCUAUUUCAGAUAUGCAUUUAGCGAAAAGUGAAAAUAGCGAGACGGAAUUAAGUAAACCAAUUGUCACCGAAAGUAAUUUGUUAAAAGUAAAGUCAUCACAACGAACGACGACGGAAAUCGAUCCUAUCAUUUUCUUCGACAUAGAUGCUCUUCGGUUUAAUGAUUUCAUGAGUAAUUGUAUCAUCUAUUUGUGUGGAAUAGAAGACGAAAAUUUUAAAAAAUACAAACACCUUACCAAUAAAGUUGGAUCAGGUCGGCGUGACAGACUUCUGUAUAAUGAUACAACUCAUGUAGUGGUUGGUCCACAAAGACUGGACUGGAAGCUGAUUAAAGAGCUCAAGGAAAAAGCACGUAGUAAUGUUAAAGUAGUUACGUCUGAAUGGUUGUUGGAUUGUGCCAAAGCGCAAAUGGUUUUGGAUGAAUCAAACUAUUUGAUUUUCAAACAAGAAAAAAGCAAUUUUGAACUCUUGCAACGUAGAUUCGGCGUUACGACUGUGAAAGAAGUUGGUUGCAGCGAGGAACCGAGAAUGAAAACCAUAUUGAAAAUUACUGAAAUAGGAACUAAACUGCUAGAUGAAGCAGCUGGGAUGUUAAAGAAUACCGAGCUGGAUUCUGCAGAGGAAAAUAUUGAGGGAAAAUCAGUAAACAAUGAUGAUGAAGAUGACUAUAGUGAUCAUCAAUUGUUCACUGGGUUGUCAUUUCGCAUCGUUGUUAAAAACGAAAAAGUUCGAGAAAAACUAUUUUCUGAUAUCGAAAAUCACGGGGGUAAGGUAGAACAAAAAACAGAAAUUUGGGUUGAUUAUGUAGUAUGUGAAGUGUUCAAUUUUCUCCUCAAUGACAGUGCAACAAAUUUCAAUUGUGAUAGUAUUGUUUCGUCGUUUUGGCUGCAAGAAUGUGUUGAAAAUGGUGCAAUAAUGAAUGCUGAAAAACAUCCACUUUAUCGACCCAUCGAAAUGUUCGAAACUUCUCAGAUUUUCGAUGGACACGUUGUUGGUUUGAGUAGGCUAUCUGAAUCUGAGAAGGAUAUUUUCACUGAUAUUCUAUACAAGUUCGGGGCGGACGUGAGAAAUCACUCGGGACAAAUCCAACAGUUAAAUGUGUGUACAGAAAUAAUAACAGGUGCUGAAACCGAUUGCACUAACUCUGCACGUCGUUGGCAAAUACCUGUCCUGGAUCCAUCUUGGAUUAUUGAAUCUAUAGUACAGAAUCAACUGCAACCAGUGCAGAUACAUUUAUUCCACGACCAACCUUACAAGAAUUAUAUGCGGAAGGAUCGAUUAUGGAUGCAUACUAAGCAACAAAAACCAAGCAACGAUAGAUUAUGUGUACUAGAUAGAAUGAGCAAUAAUGAGCUGCUGUUCAUUCGGGAAACUUUAAACAAAAACGAAAAGGCGACAAGUCCACAAUAUUGUGGGGUGAAUGUAUUUCAGUCCAAUUCAGUCCAGAAUGCGGAAAUUACGGGAAAAUCUGGAGAUCGAUUGUUAAAAAUAUUAAAUCAGAAUACGUUUGAUGAAGCAAAUCAGUAUGGCAAGAAAAAUUCACAGGGACAAACAAGUAACAAUUUGGCUGCGGUCUUAGAUCUUACCGAAGCAUUUAGUUAUGUUAAUGAAAUAAAUACGCAGAACACAUUGUGUAUUUCACCAGAUAGAGAAACAUGGAAUGAUACAGCAGUGGGCCAUGCGAUUGAUGAAGCACUGGUUAAAACUGCUAAUGCAAAUAAUACCCCAUGGGCAUCAUCGAUUAAGCGAGCUAAUGAUUAUAAUCGCAUGCAGAUCAGGCUAAAUAAGAGAAAUGCUCAGUCAUUCUCAUCGAUUGAACCUAUGGAAAAUCCUAAAAAGGCUAGAACAACAGUUUUUGAAAAUUGCCAACCAGUUAUUUCGAAAGACGAAAAAAAGAGAAGAAUAGCUGAAAAGUUGGCUAAACUGGCUGUACAAAGAGAGCAAUAUAUGCGAUUUAUAGAGGCCGAGAAAAAAAAACAGCUUGAGCAAGAGGAGAAAGCAAAAGUACAUAUGGAUUCAGUAAAACGAUGUACUAAAAAAAGAUGUGUUGAAUUACCCGAGCCCGAAUACUACGGAUGGCGAGAAAGCAGCCCACGUCCCAUUGCUACACAGAUACUCAACCCUUUCGAUACUGAUCUAGAAGAGAACGAUGGAGAAGCACCCGUGCUGUCUAAAAGAGAAGAGCAGAAUCAAGGAAAUAAAGCAGGCAUUGUGGAGCUAGGUGGAAACGCUGCUGUAAUAGAAACAAUUGUCAUAACCAAUAAAACAAUAUGUUUUACUUCAACUACACGAUAUGACAGAGAUGCCUUGGUGACCAUGGUUCUGGAAUUAGGUGGAGCAGUAUGCAAUGAAUUCGGUGAAAAGGUAACCCAUUUAGUUUGCGGUCGGAUAGUGCGCAAUGAAAAAUUGCUUUGUUCAAUUGCCAAGGGACUCUUAAUUGUCGACGAGGAUUAUGUUAUCGAUUCUCAUGCACAGUCAAAGUGGCUUGAGGCCGGUAAUUACGAAUGGGGAAGUGCUCACUCAGUGACCAAACACGGCCUCCUUUCAUCACAGCGUUUUCUUUCUUUUGCAUUGGCAUGCCCUCGAUGGCGACAGAAGAUCGAAAAGAAUUCGGCUGAAAGAGCCUUCCACAAUUGGAAAGCAUUACUUUACUGCGGUCGUCGUCGAUUUGCCGAUCUUAAGCGUAUCAUUCGUUUCGGUGGUGGAGAAGCGUAUUUAAGAGAUGAUAUCUGCUCACUGGAAGGAUUCACUGUUGCGCUUGUAGAAAAGUCAAGAUUUUGGAAUUCUCAGGAAGUGGUGGAGCUUAUCAAGAACAAUAUACAGUGUUUCGACAUAGACUUUCUCGCUACAUACUUAACACUAGAAAAAGAAUAUGAAGUUGAGAAACACUUCCACAAAGAUUAUGUGGUUGAAUUAAACCGCAUAUCACGAUGCAAGCAUUCACUGUGA